AUGAAAGCUUUGCACCUCAGCGCGAUUACCUGCCUUUGGUGGCUGGCCUUAGAUUGUGCUUCCGCCCUGAGUCCAUGGGCCAUGACCUGGUCUGAUUCAACAUUUGGGUUCGAUGGCCCUUGGCAUGCUGUCACUAUCGGAAUCGGGACCAACGACACAGAGCUAGCCAUGUAUCCGGGAGCCUCAUGGCAAAGCUACGUUCUUCUGAACACGCUUUGCGACAACACGACUAUCUCCUCGUACUGCUACGGAGAUCACGCCGGCCUUUUCAACCCUUCCAGCUCGGCCACUUGGAACAACAAAUCCAUCGCUCUCCCCCUCACUUCGCGUGAUGUCGGUGGAAUGAGCACAACAAACUCGAACUUCAUCGCCAUUGAACAAGGGUAUCAGACCUACCCGAGUGGAAAUUUGUAUCCACUGGAGGCGGGUCUACUUGCACUAGGCGCUCAUGAUAUCAACCAGACAUUUAGUGAGGAUUAUGGACCGUCCGUGAAUGGUACCUUUGUCACUAGCUGGCUGUAUGAGCACGGUGUCACUCCAUCGUACUCGUAUGGAAUGCAUAUCGGCUCCCCAAUGUUCAAAAUUCCUGGGUCUCUCUAUCUGGGGGGUUACGAUAAGAACCGAGUGAUUGGGGAUAUAACCACGCAGCCAAUCGACAGCGGAGAGCUGCCUAUAGAACUGCUUGACAUUGGCAUUGGCGUUGUGAACGGCGGCUCCGUUUGGGGAGCCCCCAACAUCACAGGCUUGAUGGCGAAGUCUAAUUCCUCCUUAUCAUCUGGGAUGAAUGUGGCAAUUGAUGCCACAAAUCCAUAUAUCUAUUUACCUCGGAGCACGUGUGAUGCCAUUGCUGCGAAUCUGCCUGUCUCUUAUCGGUCCGACCUCGGCCUCUACACUUGGGACACGAACAACGAGAACUACACGAAAAUUAUCACAUCCCCGAGCUAUUUGGCCUUUAACUUCGUCAAAAACGACAUCAACACGAAAAACAUCACCAUCAAAGUUCCUUUCGCUCUUCUGAAUCUUACACUCUCGGCUCCCCUGGUGAACCAGGAUACUCCUUACUUUCCUCUCAUGCCCACUGACAGCAACCCGGUCCUGGGUAGAGCUUUUCUCCAAGCGGCUUUCUAUGGCGUGCACUGGUCACAGAAAUAUUGGUUUCUGUCUCAAGCCCCGGGACCAGACGAUAACUUCAUCAAGAACGUUGUCAACAUAGAUCCAACUACGACCACCAUCACUGGCACUGAGAACAGCUGGGAAGAAACUUGGGCAUCCUACUGGACCGCCCUCCCUUCCAAUGUUGUUAUCAACAAUUCAAACUCUUCAAGCCCUUCCCCAAACUCCUCUGUUAGCACUAGCCUCUCUACUGGUGCCAAGGCAGGCAUUGGUAUUGGCUGUGCGUUUGCUGCUAUUGCAAUCAUUGGUAUGAUUGCUUGGUUUUGGAGACGUCGCCAGCAGAAAGCCAGACCUACAAACACUCUAGCACCUCAAGAGUAUGCUAGGCCUCCCCUUAUUGAAAGAGAAUUGCAGCCUGCGGAGAUAGCUGGCGGCAAACGUGAUACCUGGCAUGAAUUGGAUCAUAACCCAAGCUUCACAGGCUAUUAUGGGAAUGAAAGUUCAGGGCGAACGAGUACACAACUUGAUCUACAAACCUCAACCAGAGCAUCUCACGGGUUAAUGAAUCGUACUCCUGGUCCCUAUGAGCUUGGUCUAUAG